UUGGUGGGACUGGGAGCCAGAGGCCUGGGUCUGAGCCCUGUACACGCUCUACAGUUAGUGUUUCUGGGCCCUCCCAUUCCUUUCUGGGCCUCAGUUUCCCCAUAUGUACAUCAUGUGCAGUCUACUACUAAGGAACCUUAGAGCUGGAUGGAGUGAGAGCGUGAGGAAGCCAUGCCCUUAACCAGAGAGGAGUGGGUUGGAGGUGGGACUGGGGUUUGAAAGGGGAGACUCCUGCCGGGUCCCUGUGGUGUUAGGUUCAGCACCUCUUCCUCUUCCCUCGCCAGUGUACACACUCAGGCACACUCACGCCUGGCCUGGCCCCUGCCCUCACACUCUCCUCACUGCCUGCGGGAUGAAGCCCCAGAACUCCCUAGCCUGGGAGCAGAGGCUCUCGGGACCAACCAGACCAGAUGUCUAGCCUCAACUGCAGUCUUCUCCCCACCCGCCGUCUCACCAGCCAUGUUUAACCUCUGGCCUUUCCUCUGGGCAGUGUGACUCGGUUUCCUAGGGUUAGAGAUCCUUUUGGGGCCACAGACCUGGCCAGUCUGUGUUGCCAGUGUUGCCAGUUUGUGUCGGUAAGACUCAUCGUCAGGGGCCCCAGGCUGCACUGAGAGAUAAGGGAGACUGAAGAGCAGGUCCCCAUACCCAGAGGAGCUCCCCUCCACCGGUUUAUGCUUUCUAGGGAGGACUAAGAUAGUUUGAAAAGCUGUGAUUUAGUCAGACCUUCAUUUCACAGAGGAGGUGAUUGAAGCCCAGAGAAGAGCAGGGCUCUGGAUAAGCUGGGGCAUGGCCAGGGCCGAAUAGCUGGGCAGAGGUCAGAAGGGGGUCCUGUGGGAGCUACUGAGGUGUGAGCCAUGGGUCCAGGGUAGGGGAGCUUCUGCCAGCCCCAUGGGGGCAAGGGGAGGAAGCCUAAGGGGGUGAGGAGUGCCCUGGGUGUGGCAUUGGUUGGGGUGGGCCCCAGGUAAGUGUCGGGGAUCUGAUGUGCAAGGCCUCCCAACAGUGAGUUAUCUGCUGCAGGUCCCUAGCUCACCCUGAUCUGGUUCCUAGUCUGUACCUCCCAUCCUGGCUGCACCCUCUCCCCUCCACCUUUAGCUGGUGUCCUCACCUCUCAGCUCAGACCCCGACAGACUGCCAGCUGAGGGUGGAAAGGCCACUUCCCAAAGGGUCUUUCCAUUCCACCAGUUUCUGGAGAUAUGGGUGAGGGUCAGAUGGGCCCAGGCCGCACUUGCUGUACCCCUGACUCCUUGGCUGUGUUGUCCUGGUAUUCUGAGCUGACUUGGAGCAACCCUCCCCCAGUCCUCCACAGGGGGCUGGGGCUGCUGCAGGGGGCCAGCAGAAAGAGAAGCCUGCAGUUGGGUGUCCAGCCAUUUCUCCUUCCUGCUUCUCCCUCCCAAGGCCUCGCCCUCCUGAAGCAACAACAGCAGGAAAGGUGGGGCAGGAAUGUCCUGGGCCUGGGCCCUUGGCCAGAGUUCUGAGGCACUCAUCUCACUCUGCCCCAGAGCCAAUUCUCUGGGAAUUGUAGGCUCUGUCAGGAGCCUGGAAUGCCCUUUGGUGUCUUUGGGGUUGGGUGGGGAGGGAUGAGACCCCUUCUCAUUUGAUCCUUUAGGUCUGUCUGUAUCUUCUCAUAUUAUGUCUACAGCCCCACCGAGGUCAACCAACUCAGAGCCUCAAAGUGUCAGAGUCGGAGAGAGGCCGAGUCUGAGGGUCUGGGGUUAAAAGACUCUCUAAUUCUCAACCCUGAGACGUACAGUCACGUAAUCUGGGCAGAUGACCUCCUUUGCCAGGUCUGGUAGGAGAGGGCUGUGUCUGAUUGGAGGAUGCAGCCUGGCUAUGGGGAUGGGUUCGAACCCAGGCCCCUUGCUCCCCCUCCCUCCAGUCAGGAGGCUGCGUUCUCAGGUGAUCCUGCUUUCUUGGAGGGUCCCGCUCUCCAGGGAAGGAGGUCCAAAGACCUGCCCACCCCCAUGGCCCCCACCUCUGGAGUAGAACCCGUCCUGCAGCUUGCAGGGGGGCAUGAAGUGUCUGGCUCCUGCCCACACUCACCUUACCCUCUCAUGGCUUGGAAUCAUCUCCUCUGAAACUGUCACCAAGUCCAUGUCCCCAAGUCUGACUUUGAAUCCCAUCACUCCCCCACUCUGAGGCCCUCCAUGGCUCCUCUAUUAGCCACUUAGGGAGCUCUUGGUGGGCCACCUGCAGAGCCUGGGCCUUCAUGCCCAUGAGCCUUUGCUCAUGGUUCCCCUACCUGCAUGCCUUGUCCUCCUCUCUGCCUCUUUAUUUCUUGCCCAUCCUUCAUGGCUCCAGCAGGAUAUUUCCCACUUCUCCCAGACCCCUCCUACAUAGCCCUGUUGGGUGACAGGGAGUCCUGAGCCAUGGCCUUGAGAUAAAGGCUGUGCUCCUCCGAGAGUAUGUCCGUGUUUCCAGAGAGUCAGUGGAGAGAGGACUAGGUCGGAGCACUACUAGAUGUUACUCUGAGCCCUUGGGAGCCAUGGUGGGUGUUUGAGCAGAGGAAUGAGCAGGCCAGAGGGCUUAAGGAGCGUCUGCCUUUUGGGUAAAAAAUAGAUGCUUCCCUUGGCAGUUCUGAGUCCUCUUUCCCACUCCUUCAGGCUCCCCUCAGCUGGGCCCAAGUGGAGCAUGAGCAGGGGUCACUGGCCAAUUCAGAAACUCCCCUUUGGGGUGACAUGGGCUCCUUGCUCAGUUCUGAGGUAGGGUGGUCAUGGGCCUUUUGGGCAUAUAGCCUGAGAGGGCACCCUGCUCCCAUGGCUGCUAUUUGCUCUAAUUUUGCUUGGUUCUCAGGCCCUGAGUCUGGCACCCUGGCCAUGUGCAGCCCUCAGGAGGCAGCCCUGCUGCGGCUGGAGGAGGUCUUCUCAGCCACACUCGCACGCAUCAACAGCUUUGUCCUCCAGCCCCUUCUGGAGGCCGCUCCAGAGCCCUCAGAUCCCUGGGGCAGAGAGUGCCUACAGCUCCUGCAGCAGCUGCACAGGAGCUCCCAGCAGCUGUGGGAGGUGACGGAGGAAAGCCUGCACUCACUGCAGGAGAGGCUGCGCCACCCGGACUCCAUCAGUCUGGAAUCCCUGCUGCUGCUGCACAGCGCUGACCGUGUCUUGCAAGUCCACCUGGAGUACAUCGAGUCCUACACAAGCUGUGUGGCAGUGCAGGCCUUUCAGAAGGCAGUAAAGAGGAGGAGCGAGUACUGGCAGGGCCAGCGGAAGGCGCUGCGGCAGUUCCUGUCGGGCAUGAGCUCAGAGGGCUCGGUGGGCACAGCGCUGGUCCAGGCUCUCCGCCAGCCACUCACCCAUCAUGUGCAGCAGUGCGUGCUCCUCCUGCUGAGCCUCAGGGACACUGUCGGGGAGAGUCACCCCACCCGGGAGCUGUUGGUGCAUGCAGCCACCGUCUUUGGGAACUUGCAGUCCUUCAUGAGGCAGGAGCUGGACCAGGCCAUGGCCACGCAGGCCCUCUGGCACACUCUGAGCAGCCGGCUGCGGGAUGUGCUCUGUACCCCCGCUCACCGACUCUUGCAAGACAGCCAGGACAUACCUGUGACGGUCACCCCGCUGAGGGCAGAGCGUGUGCUGCUCUUUGAUGAUGCCCUUGUCCUGCUACAGGGCCACAGUGUCCACACCUUUGAUCUGAAGCUGGUGUGGGUGGAACCUGGGCAGGACGGGUGCAUGUUUCACCUCCUCACGCCUGAGGAAGAGUUCUCCUUGUGCUCCAAGGACCCACAGGGCCGGGUGGCCUGGCAGUGGAAGGUCACCCAGGCUGUGUGCCAGACCUUGCGUGGGAAGAAGGACUUCCCGGUGCUGGGGGCGGGCCUGGAGCCUUCUGAACCCCCCACCUGCCGCUGUGGAGCAUACACCUUCCGUGCGGAGGGCCGCUUCAGCCAGGCCACCUAUGAGGGCGAGUGGUACGGUGGCAGGCCCCAUGGCAAGGGAACCCUGAAGUGGCCAGACGGGCGGAAUCACGUGGGGGAUUUCUGCCAGGGCCUGGAGCACGGCUUUGGCAUCCGCCUGGUGCCCCAGGCCUCCGAGGAUAAGUUUGACUGUUACAAGUGCCACUGGCAGGAAGGCAGCAUGUGCGGCUAUGGCAUCUGUGAGUACAGCACCAGCGAGGUGUACAAGGGCUACUUUCAGGAAGGCCUGCGGCAUGGAUUUGGGGUCCUUGAGAGCACCCCGCAGACCCCUCAGCCCUGCAGGUACACGGGCCACUGGGAGAGGGGCCAGAGGAGUGGCUAUGGCGUCCAGGACGACGGCGACAGGGGUGAGCGCUAUAUUGGCAUGUGGCAGGCUGACCAGCGCCAUGGCCCAGGGGUCGUGGUCACUCAGGCGGGUGUCUGCUACCAGGGGACCUUCCAGGCAGACAAGAUGGUGGGCCCAGGGAUCCUUCUCUCUGAAGAUGACUCCUUGUAUGAGGGCACCUUCGCCAGGGACCUGACCUUCGUGGGGAAGGGCAAGGUCACCUUCCCUAAUGGCUUCACCCUGGAGGGCUCUUUUGGCAGUGGGGCAGGGAGAGGACUGCAUACCCAGGGUGUGCUGGACACAGCUGCUCUCCCUCCAGAUCCAGGCAGCACCCGCAAGAGGCAGCUGGGCCUGGGCGUCUUCCCCGUGGAGAGCCGCUGGCAGGGCGUCUAUGGCCCCUUCCAGGACUUUGUUCAAGCCGGCUGCCCUGGAGACCUGCAGGAGGCCCUGCUGGGCUUCCACGUGCAGAGCUCAAGGGAGCUGCGCAAGUCCCAGGAGUACCUGUGCUGCGAGAGGACCCACCCCGAGGACCACGGAGGCAGAAUGGAGGACAUCCUGGAGGAGCUGCUGCAGCACCGGGCGCCCGAGGCCCUGCAGCAGUGCCUCAGGAAGGCCCUGAGCAACUCUCUGCAUCCCCUGGGAAAGCUUCUCCGGACUCUGAUGCUGACCUUCCAGGCCACAUACUCAGGCAUUGGGGCCAACAAGCACCUGCAGGGGCUGGCGCAGGAGGAGGUGAAGCAGCACGCCCAGGAACUCUGGGCCGCCUACAGGGGUCUGCUGCAGGUUGCCUUACAGUGCAAGGGCCAGGUCCCAGAGGAAGAUCAAGAUGCAGAGACAAGGGACCUGCAGGUGCACAGAUUGAUGCUACCCCUUGUCCUGCCCAGCUUCUACUCGGAGCUCUUCACUCUCUACCUGCUUCUUCAUGAGAGGGAGGACAGCCUCUACAGCCAGGGCAUUGCCAACCUUAGCCUCUUCCCCGACACCAAGCUGCUUGAGUUCCUGGAUGUACAGAAGCACCUGUGGCCCCUCAAGGACCUCACGCUGACGACCAAUCAGCCUCCUGGAGAGCAUUUACCCCACUUUACAAGAUACUCCCUAGUCAGAGACAAGUGCUUCCUGUCAGCCACGGAAUGUCUGCAGAAGAUGAUCACCACGGUGGACCCCCGGGAGAAGCUGGAGGUGCUGGAGAGGACAUACGGGGAAAUUGAGGCCACUGUGUCGCGGAUGCUCGGCCAGGAGCACAAGCUGCCCAUGGACGACCUGCUGCCGCUGCUCAUCUACGUGGUGUCGCGUGCCCAAAUCCAGCACCUGGGAGCCGAGAUCCACCUGAUCCGUGAUAUGAUGGCCCCUAUCCACACAGGAGGCCUGUAUGACUUCUUGCUCACGGCCCUGGAGUCCUGUUACGAGCACAUCCAGAAGGAGGACAUGAGGCUGCAUCGCUUGCCCAGCCGCUAGAACUCCAGGGAGCCGUGGUAGCUCAGCUUCUCCUGGACAAACUGCAGAGCUGAGAGGGGCCGCCGUGGAAUUCCCGUGGAGUGAGCGUGGCCCACUCUGGCCCUUGUGGCCCACAGGACAGAAGGCAGGAUGAGCCCUGGAGGUGGCUCUUGGGGGAGAUGAGCGUUUAAUUUCUCGCAGGGAGAUGCUGCUGCUGUCCUGACUGGGAGGAGGGUGAGGGUGAUGGGUGUGGCCCCAGAGCUGGUGGUUUCCCCUCCCCCUGCCACUCUCUAGGCCAGCCUUGGAUGACCUUCUUGACCAGCAGCAGCUCAUGGACUGGGGGCAAGGAGCUCCUGGCCUCUCCUUGCCUCAUCCUUGCCUCCAAGUUAUUGAGCCUCUCUGGGCCUCAGUGUUGCCAUCUGUAAAAUGGUGGACUACAUGGUCUGUAAAGGGCCUUCCAUCCA